AAGUUUCCCUCCAAACUCAACUGUCUAGAGAGAGAAAGUUUUUGUUUCUCUCUCCACCUCUGCAACCGAAAAAACAACAGUUGAAUCUUCGUUGGGCUUCUCCAGUUUCCAUAGAGUGAAAGUGCAAGAACCUUGAAGCUCAGUCUUUUUUAAUUCUCUAUCAAAUGGAAGGGGAAGCCUCAGUCAAUAAGCUCCAUACCCAGAUCGAAAUCAAGCCCCAGGGCCAAGAACCGCCGCCCCCAUCCUCCUCCGUCGUCGACAAUUCCGAAAUGGACAUCCAGCCUGAAGGAAAACUUCCUUUCUUCAAGUCCCGCUACCGGCAGAGGGCAUCGGACACAUGGCUCAUCUCUCUGUUGGUCAUCCUUCAUCUCGUGGCUUUCAUAACCACAACUCUCUUCAACUAUUUCUCGACGGGCAGUGUCUUCUUUCAGCCACUCUCUGAGAAUCCCCUGCUUGGUCCCUCUGCUUCCACGCUAGAUAAAGUUGGGGCACUGCGAAGGGCUUUUUUGGUUCAGAACCACCUAAAUUGGCGUUUCUUCGUAUGCCCCUGGUUACAUGCUGGGAUCAUACACUUUGCCAUCAAUAUCAGCUGUAUGAUCUUUAUUGGAAUCCAUUUAGAGAGAGACUAUGGACCCUUGAGGAUUGGGGUAAUCUACCUACUUUCGGCAUUCUUUGGUAGCUUGGUAUGUUCACUUUUUGUUCGAAAUAAUCCUGUAGUUGCUUCCUCUGGUGCUUUGUUCGGAUUACUUGGAACGAUGCUUUCUGGGCUUAUCCGUAACUGGAAAGUUUACUCAAGCAAGGGUGCAGCUUUGGCAGCACUUUUCACAGUUCUGGCGACGAAUUUCCUCCUUGGUUUGCUACCAUACAUCGACAAUUUUGCAAAUAUUGGUGCCUUUAUAUCCGGACUUCUACUCGGGUUUGUGAUUUUGCUCACCCCUCAGAUUAGGCAAAUGUCUAAAAACAAAGCAGGGCUGUUUGAAUGCGGUGUCAAACAUGCCAAGAGUACCGUUAAACUGAAGCAGAAGCUAGCACUAGACAGGCCGAUUCUGAGGAGCAUUUCUCUUAUGCUGUUUGUUAUUCUGCUUUCUGGAUGUCUUGUAGCAUUAUUCCUAGGCAUUGAUAUAAACCAUUAUUGCGGAUGGUGUAGAUUCAUUGACUGUAUCCCUUACAAAAGGUGGAGCUGCAAUGAUGGACCAAAUACAUGUGAGAUCAUGAAGAGCAACUCAGAGAUGACAUUGACCUGUUUGUAUAAUGGGAACACCAGGGUGUUCCCUUUCACCAACAUUUCACAGGCAAGGAUAAAUGACUUGUGCGCUAUGAUCUGCUGAUGGAGGGAGGACUCGAAAUGACUGUACCAACUCAAAUAUGGACUCAGUUGAGACAAAUGAACAAAUUGGUCGACAGAACAUAUAGCUGAAAUAUACAGUGCAUUUCAACUGCUCAUUAAAAGUGUCUAAGCGGCUUUAAAUGAUGAAUAGCAAACCACUGACAAGCAGAAUUCAUUGCUUAUGCCACUUCUCUUAAAACAUUUAGUGCUUCAUUCAGUAAUUGAAUUCUUAGGUAUUGAUAUGUUGUUAAUAUGAUUCUU